AUGAGUGGGAAUUUCAGGCACGGCGAUGACCUGAUCGUGACACCAUUUGCACAGUUGCUAGCAAGUCUGAAAAACGUGCGAAGUAAUCUGAUUGCGAUCGCUAAUCUACCGGCAAACGAUGAAACGCAUCGAUCCACAACACCUAAACGACCACCGUUGCAUAGUGUGCAACUUCCCGAAGAGGUCACACAGUGUGCUCAGGAGACGUUGGACGAACUGGACUGGUGUCUGGAACAGUUGGAAACCAUUCAGACACAUCGCUCGGUCUCCGAAAUGGCAUCCAGUAAGGUGAAUGACUUAUGCAUAAUUGUGCUACUCCAACAAUUUUUAUUUUUCAAAUGA